AUGGCGCUCCCUCUCGGCAAGUUGGUUAUUCUUGCCGGUGCCGGUCUUAUUGGCGCUAGCACUGUUUAUGGAAAAGAUUCAGGCAUUACUGAUUGGCUUUUUGGAGCUAGCAAGAUUUGGAAGCAGCUAAAGAAAGACACUGGAUCUGGGAAAAAGCCACAAAAUGAUUCGUUGAUGGCACAGGUUAACAGUCUGAGGCAGGAACUGCAAUUGUUGGCAUCAAACGGGCCAGUUACAAUCAUCACUUCUGGUGGAGCAGGUGCUAACAAAUAUUAUAUAAUCGUUGUGGGUGGAGUGAUUGGCUGUGGCUAUGUUUGGUGGAAGGGCUGGAAAUUCCCUGAUAUGAUGUUUGCUACAAGGCGUACUUUAUCUGAUGCCUGCAAUUCGGUAGCCCAACAACUUGAAGCUGUCUAUGCUUCACUCCGGACUACCAGGAAGGAGUUAUCGGCAGGCAUUUCAAACUUGGAUACUAAGUUGACGGAGAUUGAAAAAAGUACAGAUAGCACACAAGGAAUAGUUGUUCGACUACGGGAAGGAUCAGGAAAAAUCGGCAAGGACUUUCAUUCUUUUAAGGAACGUGUUGAAUCUCUGAAGUCAAGAGUCGAUAACAUUGCAGUGAAGCAGGUAGAGUCGAUAUCUGGAAUACAGAGUCUGUUGGCUGUUGCACACGAGGUUCAAACUGGAUUGAUCGAUAAUGGACAGACCUCGCCUUCUAGCUCACCACAGAUUUCAUUCUCCUCAGUGAGAGCUUUGCCACCUGCUGCUGAUGGAAUAUCAGCAAGGCCUGCUACUUCCGAUCCAUCUCCUGAGGUUGAACAAACUCCCCGAAGAAUUGUAUCACCACCCUCUACUCAGCAGGGUAACGGGGUUGCUGGCGUUACUGAGUUGACCAGCCAAGGCAUUUGGAACGGUAUUUAUACUCCAGAAGUAACGAAUGGAGGAGAGUCUUCUUCUUCUUCUUCUUCUUCAGUUCUGCAGAGACCAUCGUCGUUUCUCUCGAGAGUAUUCAGCAGCACCGCAGAGGAUGUUGUUGACGCUUUUAAGAUGAACUGA